AUGGGCGACAGUCCAAAGGGUGAUCUUUCUACAACAUCCUCUAUGCACACUAGCAUUCUGCAAGAGGCUCUUGGGAGACGAGCUUCAGAAUCAUUGAUGUACAGCUAUAAAAGAAGCUUCAAUGUAUUUGUUGCCAAACUGACCGAGGAAGAGAAGAACAGAAUCACAAACAUGGAUGCAGUUGUAUCAGUGUUCCCAAAUGGUAGAAAGGAGCUGCAUACAACGAGGUCAUGGGAUUUCGUCGGUUUACCUCAACAAGUUACAAGAAGAACAAGUGUGGAGAGCGACCUUAUAAUAGGAAUGCUAGACACUGGAAUUUGGCCAGAGUCACAAAGUUUCAAUGAUCAACAUUUUUCUGCUCCUCCAACUAAGUGGAAAGGCACCUGUCAAUCCUCACUUAACUUCACUUGCAAUAAAAAAAUCAUCGGAGCAAAAUACUAUCGAGUUAAUGGAGAAUUUCCUCUGGGGGAUUUUCAAUCUCCAAGAGACACAGAAGGACAUGGAUCACAUACAGCAUCCAUAGCAGCAGGGCGAUCUGUUAGCAACGCAAGCUUGUAUGGUCUUGGGUCAGGAAUAGCUCGAGGAGGGGUACCUUCUGCAAGGAUAGCUGUGUACAAAAUAUGAUGGUCUGAUAGUUGCUACGAUGCUGAUAUUCUAGCAGCAUUCGAUGAUGCAAUUGCUGAUGGAGUUGAUAUCAUCUCACUCUCAGUAGGAGGGUCUUCACCUUAUCAAUACUUUGAAGAUUCAAUAGCCAUUGGAGCUUUCCAUUCAAUGAAGAAUGGGAUCCUCACGUCGAAUUCUGCAGGCAAUUCUGGUCCUGAUCCUCAAACCGUGACCAAUUUGUCGCCUUGGUCACUCUCAGUUGCUGCUAGUACCAUCGAUAGGAGAUUUGUCACUGAUGUGCAAUUAGGAAAUGGUGAAGUAUAUGAGGGGGUAUCCAUCAACACUUUUGACCUCGAGGACCAGUAUCCACUAGUUUAUGGUGGAGAUGUUCCGAAUACUGAGGCAGGGUAUAAUGGAUCUGAAUCCAGGUACUGUGAAGAAAAUUCAUUGGACAAAAGUAAGGUUAGAGGCAAAAUUGUCCUCUGCGAUUGGACUUACAAUGGAACAAUUAUAGCUGGAGCUGUUGGAGCUAUAAUGCAAGAUGAUUUCAAUGAUGCUGCCUUUUCUUUCCCCAUAUCAUCUACAUACUUGAGCACAAACGAUGGCACCGAAGUUUACAAUUACCUAUAUAAAACACGUAAACCAACAGGAAGAAUUCUAAAAAGUAGUGAGAAGGGAUCAGAAUCUGCCCCUUUCGUGGUUUCCUUUUCAUCAAGAGGACCCAAUGCAAUUACAAGCGAUAUUCUAAAGCCUGAUUUGAGUGCACCUGGAGUGGACAUACUAGCAGCUUGGUCUGAAGGUACCGCUGUAACCGGUAAUAUACAUGGAGACAAACGAGUAGUUCCAUUUAACAUAAUAUCCGGGACGUCUAUGGCUUGUCCUCAUGCUACUGCAGCAGCCCUCUAUGUUAAAUCAUUCAACCCAACAAUGUCUCCCACUGCCAUCAAGUCUGCUCUAAUGACUACCGGUAAACUCUUAUAUUCCACUUCCAAUUAUACGACACUCUUUCAAAAAAUUCUGUUAUAUACAGCUACACCUAUGAGCUCCAGUGCAAACAGUGAGGCAGAAUUUGCAUACGGGUCUGGUCAAAUAAAUCCAAUAAAAGCUGCACAUCCAGGUCUGGUGUACGACAUGGUAGAAAAUGAUUACGUGAAAUUCUUGUGUGGCGAAGGAUACAGUACCAAGAAUUUGCGGAUUAUUACAGGGGAUAAGACUUCUUGUAGUACUUCUCAAACUGAUGCAACUGUUUGGGAUCUAAACUACCCUUCUUUCACAAUUUCUUCAAAAAAAACUCAGAUCACCCGAGUUUUUCAUAGGACGGUCACCAACGUUGGUACGCCAGUUUCAACUUACAGAGCAACUAUUGUAGCACCUCAGGGACUCAACGUUCGAGUGGAACCAAGCCUUAUAACAUUCAGAUCAACAGGGCAGAAGCAAUCGUUCGUGGUGUCGAUAAUGGCACAGAUAAAUGACUCUAUGAUUUCAGGUUCUUUGGUGUGGGAUGAUGGUGUGCAUCUAGUUAGGAGCCCUAUUGUUGCUUAUGCUUCUGCAUAA